AUGUCCGGACAUAAACCUGACCCUAAACAAGAUAAGAAAUCUCCAAUUACAAUUACCACUGGUGGAGAUGGAUCAAUAGUUAGUAAGAUUCAAGAUGUAAUACGUCCAGCUGAUGAUAAAGGAGGACCAUCGAUUGCAGGACUUAAGUCAGAAGAUGUGGGAAAAGCAUUGGAUUCACCAAUAAUAGAGCCUGUUGUAAAAGUUAUAGAGCGAGCUAUAACGCAAGUUGAUCCUGAUACAAAGGAAGAGAUGGCACGAGAAACCGAAUAUAUUAGUGCUCGCAUAGCGCAUCUGGAUAUUUUUAUAACAGUUGGAUUAUAUUAUACCUCCUUGUUAAUGUCUUGGUUCACACAAUUAGGUAAUUCGUAUUCGGUCCAAGAUUUCUUUAUGAAUUUGUUCCUCCAAUCGUUUGAUAUUCGUGAUUGGAAUUUUGGUUCUUUGGAUUUGGUAGGCAAGAUAUCUGGUGCGACAGCAUCAUUACAAACUGUUAUACUUGGGAUGGUUGGAGUAGUUCGUAUAGGGUAUAUGUCAUUUAAAAAACCAGUGCCGGUAGCUAUUUCUGGUCCCAUGUAUUUUGGUGGACCAUUCCAAAUUCUUCAUCUGCUUUCUCCUAGUACACAUAAUUACCAUAAAUCAUCCGCAAGUCUGGAUGCCAUGUUGUCACAAGCGAUCAGCGCGGUUAGUCAAGGGUUAAUCAUUGUUGCUGCAUGUUCUGCUUUUGGAACUCGAGAUGAUGCAUUAGACCCAUUGAUUAAUAGUGCCGGUACAGAAACUGGUUCUGGUUUUACACCUGGACCCCCAACUAUUGAUAAUUCUACCCUUAUCGAACCUGGGGAUGUGGCAAAUCUUACUUUGGCGGUUCAGAAUGCAGCAAUGUUUUCCGGUGUAACGUAUACAAUAACUGUUAGUGCCAUUAUCAUGACAUCGUUCUUGAAUCUUAUUAAAUGGAUGGCAGAUGUUUGGACAACGAAUAAGGAACGAUUGAUUGUUUACGAGACGUUCAAAGUAGUUACAAGAGCAUUAACGUGUCAACCGUGUAUUGGUGAUGGUCCGUUGAAUAUAAGGAAUGCAAAAUUUUUUGGUUCUAAAGGAAAAAAGAAAACUGAAGAUCGAGAAGCAUUAUUAGAGGAAGCAGGCCAAGAUCCGGGUGGCGGUGAUAAAGAUGAUGGCGAAGGUAAAGAAGGUAAAGAUAGCGAAAAAACAGCCAGUGAAAAAGAUACCGAGAAAGUAACUGUAAUCACCGAGAAAGAUAAAGAUGGGAAUGGUGGCAAAAAUGAGGGUGAAAAGGAAUCAUCCAAAGAAGAGGAUGAAAAGAAAUCACCCAAAGAAGGGGAUGAAAAGGAAUCAUCCAAAGAGGCUUAA